AUGACUUCUCUCGCCUCAAAAACUCCACUUUCAACACACCUCACUAAACACCAAGACUUUAUCAGCUCACAAACUGUGGGACAUCUCAUUGAAGAUGUCAAGCCAGAAUCACAACGCCAGCUUGUUGACUUGCCUUUGACAAGCACAAUGGAAGAGGCUUUUGACCUCUUUCUAGCCGAAGAUAUCUUGUCUGCUCCUGUCUACACCAUCGAGAAUAGCCAAAAGCGAUAUCUUGCCAUUGUCAGUGUCCUCGAUCUUCUCAAGCUCUUGGGCUCACAUAUUUCCCUCGAAACACUCAAGGAUAAUCAAGUCAUCCUCCAGAGACCACUGAAAGAUGCCAUUGGAUUGACUGAAGAAAGUGCCAAACUAGUUACAGUCAAACAUACGGACCCACUUGCAUAUUUGAUCCGUCUUUUCAGUACCCAUGGAGUUCAUCGGGUCCUUGUUCAAGGUCAAGGAAGUCCGGUCCUACUGUCUCAAAUGGAUGUACUGCGUUAUCUUCAAAAUAACAAUCAUCGACUAGGAUCCAUCCUUGACAUAAGUACAGCUACUCUUGUAAAACUAUCAUUGGAGCUGAGACAGAUCUCCGAAAACAAUGUUAUCUCCACAGACUGUCGAGUGACAGCACUAAAAGCGUUUCUGGAAAUUGCGAACAACCCUCACAUAAGCGCACUAGCUGUAGUAGAGAAUGAUAAAACUCUGGUGGCCGAGAUCAGCCCCCAAGACUUGCGUGGGUUGAACAAAGACAGAUUUGAUGCCCUUGCUAAACCAGUAUUAAUGUACAUAAAAGCCAGUCGAGGCGAGCUAUAUCCUCCAUUCACCUGUCAUGACCGUUUUACCCUUUCCCACAUCAUGGCCGCAGUAGUUCUGCGAAAGGCUCCCAGAUUGUGGUGGUGUGAUGAUGAAGGACAUCUCAAAGGUCUUAUUACUCUUACAGACAUUCUGGGCGUAUUUUUAAAAGACGUAUAA